CUCCCUGUUCACUCACGGAUAUUAACCGAGUGCCGAGCGGUUAGCAUGGCCGAUGUGCUCAGCUGUUCCAAAGUUCAACCUAUAGUUAGAUAGGAUAUUGAGAGUAAAUACAGUAAGGUGCUUGAUAAAUAGACAGUAGAAAACUAUCAUUUGUAGGAGCUCUGAUAGCUCCUCUAGUGCUUUUCUUAUGAGUCGAAUCUGGAUUUACCUGUGUUCUGCGCUAUGUGCGCUUGUCUUGUCAGGUGUUUAUCAGGUGAAGGGAAUGGAAGUGUUUACAUCUUCAGAGUUGGAGGCAGUCAAUGGGACAAAUGUACGGCUCAAAUGUACAUUUAAAUCUACCCUUCCGCUCUCUGAAGAAAGAACCUCUGUAUCCUGGAGCUUCAAGCCACUCGGAAAGACAACAGCAGAAAUGAUUUUUCACUACCAGGAAAUUGUAUAUCCCCCAAUGGACGGCUUGUUUAAGGAUCAUGCUGUAUGGUCUGGUGAUGUAAUGAACGGUGAUGGAUCCAUCACGCUGCAGGAUGUGCAGUUCAACUUUAAUGGUACCUACAGCUGCCAAGUCCGAAAUCCGCCCGACAUCCAGGGCUUUGCAAGCGAGAUCAGUCUCAGAGUUGUUCAAAAAGUUUCAUUCUCUGAAAUUGGAAUUCUGGCUAUAGCUGUGGGUGGAUCCAUUGGGUUCAUUCUCAUCAUCCUCACCAUCUAUAUCAUUGUGCGGGUAUUCCGGAGACGGGACUAUGACAAGGGUGUUGAGAUGGAGGACCACAGAUCAAAGGAAAUGUUGCGAGAGAGCGAGUGAUAAAUGAAAUAAUAACAUAUUAUGCCACAGUAUUCUUUGAAAUUACUCUUGUCUAGUAAGUAGAAUUUACUUUUUUUACUUAUGAUAAUUUUACAGAGAAAAGUUUUUAAUAAUCAUUACUUUUUUAACAUUUUUAUUUGUUGACUUUUUUAAUAUAUGCAAACAGAAGGGAAAAGGGUAGUUUUUUAUACAUAAAGUGAGGUCAUCUAACCUUUGUAUUCUUAAAAAGAUAUAAAAUACCAGUUCAAAUAUAUAUAAAACCUGACUUCAUGCACUGUCUAUCGGUAUGAUUGAUAAUUUUUCGUCACUCUUCAUUCUGUGUGUUGUCUGUUGCACUGUUUAACAGUAGUUUGGGGAAUCUUUGUUCAUCAAUGCUGCUGAUUAAGUCUGCUAAUGAGUAAAUUGAGUAAAAUGAGUAAUGAGUAAAAUCCAUCUUUUAAUCCUAGUUUAAAAUGAAAUGCUUUUAUUCUCUGAUGAAAAAUAGUUUUUCUAUUUUUUGUUGGUUGUUACAUUUUACAAAAAUGUUUAUAGAUUUCUUUUAUUUACAUUUUAAAAGUAAAAAAAAAAAAAAACUUUUUUGAAAACCUUUUGUGGGUGGUAUGUUCUCCUUGAAAUUUUGACAUGAUAAAGCUAGUUUUAAAAGCUGUAAAAGAAACAAAUAUAUUAUUUUUAUUUUUUUACACCUGGCAAUCAGUCUGGUUGUGUGCCAGUUUAUGCUGGACUUUUUCUUUUGCCAGGCUGAAAUGCUAUUUUUUUCCCUGCUAUUUCGGUUUGCACUUUCAAUAAAUUUCAAGAGUUUAUAAUGUGUGUUAUACUAUUUAUUCAAAGUAGUCUGAUUUAGUCAUGGUAAAUAAAGAAAAAAAGAAAGAACAUAAACCAAGAUUUUCAUCCAUUUAAAAAUUGACAUUGCUUUAGUGUGGAAACAGUACUUUAAAACUUUUUUUUUUUAAUUUGUGAUAUCAUAUUCAAAUUUUGAACACUUGCUUAGACAUGUGGCUUUGGUUUUCUAACAAUUUUAAAGUUCAACUUAUUUAGUUAAAUAUACAUUUUGUAUAAAAUAAAAACAUCACCAAAUCAAAUCCUGUAUCAUCAAAAUUAUUGUAAGGGGUUAAUAUUUCAAUCAAUCAUUUCAUAAUAUAGUCAAAUAACAAUGUUUUGUCCAUUUUCAAAGUUCCGUUGACCAAGGUUACGUUGAGUUUGUUAGAUGGUUGUAUCAUAUCGAAAGUUCGUCUGAUGGCUACAUCCUAUAUAAAAGGAAUGUACCAUUUAUUUUGGUUAUUGUUAGAUCUAGAAUGGAAAGUAUCAGACAUAAAAACGGGACAUAAAUAUGAAUUUAAAAAAAAUUAUCAUAAGAUGCUUCAUCUGAAAUCUGAUUUUUAUGGUUAGUAACAUCAUUAAUCUAUCUAUUAAUCUAAAACUAAUCUAUUAAUUUUUUUUGGGGGGGGGGGGUUCCAAAGGGAAAUGUACACACCUUACAUUCUGGCUUUUUUCAGCCUUGGAAAUUAUGAUGGGUGGUAAAGCACCCUCUGGUGGAUGUAAAAGUCUAUAAAAAAAAUUGAUAACACAAGUUGGUUUCAUUCAAUAAUAGAGUGAACAGACACUGCUCCUUCUCCCUCAAAUGAAGAAACUUUGCACAGUCUCCAUUACUUUGAAUGUGGCUGUAAUCAACACGUGCAUACGUGUUUGCUAUGGUAACAAAGCUUUUAUAAUUUAGAUUAAAAAGCAUGUGUUUAAGGAAGAGACAUGACGCAGUAUAUUACUUUUGUUAAAUUACAUCUGAAGUCA